AUGUGUUCAAAUAUAUGGUCAUUUCGAGGUAUCACACAUUCACCUCAUCGGGUACACACAGACGCUGAAUUCACACCCAGACAGAGUCUAGUCUUCACACAUGUGAGACGCACCGGCGACAUCCCGUGUGCAGACGCUGGUGACAAACAGCGGAUGCGCAUAUGGCAUAGAAUAAAAUGGACAUAUACCCGGAGCCAUCUGCCAGAGACGAUAGAAGGAAACAUAGUCAUUCAGUUGAGCUGUAGCAGUGGGGACGCAGGCAGAGACCUCCUUGAUCUCUUAAUACAGCGCGUCUUGUCGCGGAUAGGCGCAAGUCCAGGCGUGACGCGCUCAAUGAAGGCCAUCAAGGAGCCGCAUUUAGAGACGUGGCCCGAAGAACAACAUGCGAAGAGAUCAUUGCGCGCACAAGGGUACACGAUGCUUGAUAGAUCCAAGCCCCCUCGGGCCUCUCAAGUGGAGAUAGUCAGGAUCGAGGGCUACUGGUGGUGGAGAUAUCCAGCAGGCAUUGCUCCCAAGAUUGAUCAACCCGCCAACCGCGAAGACGAGUUGAGAGGGAUGAGGAAGCGGAAGGAGGUCGACGCACGCGUGCAACGACGUCGCCGAGGGGGCAAGACAGAUAUGAUAGCAAGCGGCGGGUGGGAGAUGCCGAAAUUGACAGUGGAUGAGAUCGAGGGAGAGCUUGAGGGUGUAGAGAGCGCAUGUCCAAGGCAGCCGCGGGAGGUAACGUUGAUGGAGAUGGUGCGGCCGUCAAAGGUCAAGAUCAGCAAGCUCAAAAGGCAACAGGUAAAACUCAUUUCAAGAGACGAGGAAGAGUGGGUGCUGGACCUGGAUUUGGAAGCAAAUGUCACUCCGUCCGAUGUCUCUCUUGAGCCGGACUCCGAGGGUACCUGGGAUGAGGGCGAGUGGGAGGUCGUGGAAUGCGCAUCGAACACGGGAAGGGAUAGGCGGAAGUUGUUCUCGGAAGUCGUUCGGGGGCACAAACCUGCGUAG